CACGAUUGAUAUUAACUCUCAACCCACUUAUUUAACCGGACAAGCAAACUAAACCGUGACAAUCUUGGUCAACACUCAACACUCAUGAGUCACAAGAAAGAGAGCGUAAAUUUUUUUUAAAAAAGGAAUCAGCCGGGGAGGGAGGAAAUUCAAAUAUUUUCAUUUCCCGGCAAGCAGAGAAGACGAAAAUCAGUCAGCUCCUCGCCGCACCUUGCCUUCUCCUCUUGACCUCACAUCUCUCGUCGUCGUCGGCCGAGUUUACGGUGAGGCUCCAUCUUCUGGGCACGGCUUUUACAUUCGUCAAUAGCUCGGUUGGUAUGGGAAUUACUACUAAAGGAAUUUAGGUGUUGAACAGCGUUAAGAAGCCUUGUUCGACAGUUUCACUAGAACAGGUUGAUUCCCGGUUCUAAUCGAUGAGGGCAGGAGAAGAAACGGUUUCUGAAAGCAGUCCCGUUCUAGCUUCAUCGGUUUUCUCAGUAGAGGGAGUCUGUAUUUGAUGUUCAUAGAUCGUAUCUCGUGGUCGUACUUUGAUCUUGUUUUCAUCGGAAAGGUUUAGGGUUUCAGUGUCGGAUUGGAAGGAGGAUUUUUUCGCCUGACGUGAUUGCCGAAUUUCGCUUAUGCAUUUUUGUUUUCAGCUUGAUCAGCAGUAAUUUGCAGUGGCAAGAUGAAUUUUGCUUCAUCUUCUUUUUUUGUUGGGAUUACCCUAAUGUGAGAAUUACUCCGUAUAACUGAAUUUCUAGGGAACAUGGAGUCUGCUAUUCCAGGUAUGGAAUCUGUGGUAGCAAGUGUGAGUGGCUACCAUGGAUCGGAGAGGUUCAAGCUCAUCAAGCUAAUAUCGCAGGCUGGUGCAAGUUAUGUAGGCUCAAUGUCUAAAACUACAACACACUUGUUUUGCUGGAAAUUCGAAGGCGAAAAACAUAAUCUUGCCAAGAAAUUUGGAGUUAAGGUAGUUAAUCAUCGGUGGAUAGAGGAUUGUAUAAAGCAAGGAAAGCUCGUACCGGAGAGGCCUUAUAUGUUGUGGAGCGGAAAAGAGGUAGGACCUCUAUCAUCAGAAGUUCCUAUAUCUGAUAAGCUUCCCUCAAACCAGAACCCCGUUGUUCUGUCCAAUAUCUCCAACACAUGGGAGGGCUUUGGUAGACAGGGAUCUAGGAGGGACUCUGAAGAUCCUGCCCUUGUUUGUUGCACUGAUUCAGUUUUCUUGAAUAGGGAUCUAUUUUCUGAGGGUGGCACAAGCAAGGGUACCUCCAGUAAGUCAAAGCUUAAACAGGUGUGUGGAAGUUCAAAGCAACAGAACAGGUCAAGUAGUAGGAAACGUUGUCAGGAUCCUUCCAUGGUGCUAUCUCUAUUUGAGUUUGAGAAUCCAAGUUCUAGCUCUUCUCCUGAUUCAAGGAGAGGGAAGAGGAUGGCUCCUGAGCACGAAGAGUUGCAGACUCGUUAUAAGAGACGUUCUCUUAACAGAAAAAUGAAUAGUUCUGAUGACACAGGAGCCACUGAUUUUGCCGAACCUUCUCAUAAAGGGAGGAUACGUCCGAAGAGAAAUGCUUCUAAACGGAAUAUGAAAACUAUAAUCUUGGACUCUGACGAAGAUAGCUCUCCAGUUGAGUCUCAUGGUGGAACCUCUAAUAGCUUCCCCGAGUCACCAACACCUUCAGGGAGGCCAAGCGAGCACAACACUCCGGAACACUCGAUUGUGACAAUCAACGAUGUCGAUGAAUUGCCACCUUCCACGAGACCGGAACCUUCAGUUGAAUUGUCCUGUGUUAUAUGCUGGACUGAGUUCAGUUCAACUAGAGGGAUUUUGCCAUGUGGACACCGUUUUUGCUACUCGUGCAUUGAGAGUUGGGCUCGACACAUGGAUUCAGUGAGGAAAGUUUCGAAAUGUCCCUUAUGCAAGGCUAACUUUGCUAGCAUCAGGAAGCUGGAAGAUGCAGACUGUUCCGACCAGAAAAUUUACUCACAAACCAUUCCUGAUGCUGCUGUUUUGGCUAUAGGAGGUUUUAGACAGAGGUGUGGUGGCGCCAUUCCUCUCGAUUCAUCAACAGACGAUCAGGGAUUUCGGGCUGAGUCAUUUCAAAGAUGGGGUUGUUCCAAAUGCCGGAAUUGGGAGCCUGAAGAACUUCUGGUUCAUUGUCGAGUAUGCGAGGUUCGGGUUAUUCAUUCCUACUGCCUGGACCCUUAUGUGUCACCGUGGACAUGUCGUCACUGCACAGAGCUUCAAUCUCUUCUCCGCCGCAGCUACUAGUGACUAUUCAUUCUCUCGUUUAGCGUAUUCAGAUAUUGUCUAGUUUAACAAUGGCAGUCUUAAUUGGUGGAUUGGUGAAGGCUAAAUCCAGUGGUUAAUUUUGUUACUUUCCAUGCGGCCUAGCCGAGGGAGCUAAACUUGCAGCAGCAUGAUCGUAUGGUGGCCAGUUCGGUUGAUGCAUAGUGCUCUCACUGAUCAACCCCAUUGAGUUUUCGACCCUCUUGACAUUUUGUUACCAGACCUCAAUUUGAAUGCAGCAAGUCUUUUGGGUUGGUUUGGCAAGUGGUUUGAGAUUCAAUGGUCAGAUGAGAGUUCAACCAGUGUAAAUGGAUUUUAAUCGGACAUGUGAGCUGGUUACUGGGGAAGUCAUUAACAUCAAAUAAAUUAUGCAUGUAUAUGACAUCUCAAAUGCAAUUGGUUAGAAACAUUGAAUUUUGUAUCAUUUUGCUAUUUGCAAUACUUUGUCGGCUUAUUUAUGUUUUGGAAGUGUGUUUUAAUUCUUCUCAUAAGCGCUAAUGAAAAAAAAAUCUGGGU